GUUUAUAAACACAGUUUUAAGACAUUAGUUUUAAACGACUCGUUUUACAUAUACAUGUUAUACAUACAGUUGAGUUACAACACUGUAUGGUCAAUAUUGCGGAAAAAAAUGUAAACAAAAUAGAGCGAUUUCAUUGGCAGACAAACUUUGACGAACUAUAAUAAAUAAAUAUGGAGCGAAAUAUUGAGGAGAUGCCCGAAAACGUUGAAGAUGAAACGAAUGUUACACCUGUUUCAACAAAUGCAAGUAAAAGUAAAAUAGAAAAAUCAGAAGAGAUUGAACAUGUUUUACCUGCAAACAAUGCAAAAUGCUCAGGCGACGAUCUUGAUGACAUAAAUAAAGACAAACAAACACUAAAUGGAAAUGAAAUAAAAUAUAAUCAGGAUCAAUGCAAUGAAAAGGAGAACAGGAUUGAUUCCAAAAAACAUGUUGACGAAAAUCACCCAAGUGAAAAUACUCAUCAACAUGAUACGGAAAGUUUAGAGAAAAAGCCAAGUUUCGAAACAUUUGAAAGUACAAAGCUUACUCCAAAUGAAGGAACAUACACGGAUAAAACUGAAAGCUGUGACAUGAACAUUGCGGUUAAAGAAAAUAAGACUCUUCAGUUAGAACCUUCAUCUGGUGAUUUAAAGGAGAAAAGUCUUGUUUCUAUUGAAAAGGACCCAGAUAAUGAAUCUGAUUCUGGUAAACUCCAAAGAUGUGAAGAUGAUGAUGAGGAUAUUUAUGUGGACAUGAGUCAUGCACAAGGAAAGGAAAGCAUUAUUAGCAUUUAUGGAUCUACAAAGGACAACAUAAACACUGAGGUAAGUGACAGUCAACCGGACACAAUUAAGCCCAAAUCACCCGAGGGUCCUCCUCCUGUACCUACAUUACCUGAAGAUCAUAUCUAUAAUGAAAUAAACUAUGAAGAAAUGAAUCUUUCACCAAAAGAUGUUCCUCCAGAAUUACCAAAAACACCUAGACCUACAAAAAUAAACACGUUUUCUGACUCAACAGAUGGUAUUUUACAGCCUCUGCAUAUAAUUGAUCCUUCACAACCUGACAUAGCAUCAGAUCGUUUAAGGAAAAUUAUAUUAGACGAAGUCCCUAAUGAUAUAUCUAUCAAGGAAAUCCAUGUUAAUAUUGAAAGAGAGUUAUUGUCAAAGGGUGACGACUUUGAAGAUAUCACUUUGAAUAGAACACUGAAAGAAGCCGUCGUAACGCUUAAAAACUCAACAGCUGCAGAUGAAUUAUUGAAGAGAGCAAGAUCGGGCAAACAUUUUAUUCUAAAAGAGAAACACGUGUCAAUUGCACAUUAUGAACAGACGUCUUUGGAUCCCACUAAAAUUCUUUUAUUAGGGUUAAACGAAGAAAGCACCACUCAGUUUGUUUCGAGUCAAAUAAAAUCAAUAUGUGGAGUACAACCAUUGAGCGUAAUAAAAGGUGUCGACCCUACGAUUGCAAUGCUUGUCUUUGAUUCUAAUACAGAUUUGACGGAGUUCCAAUGUAAGUUAAAAGCAAACGAAACAAAAUGGAUGCCAUUACCUGUCGAACGAACAUGUAGAGUUCGUGUUCAAGGCGUUCCCAUGGAAACUACACCAAAUGCAUUGGAGCAUUAUUUAAAACAGUUCUCAAAAGACGGAUCAAUUCAUCAUAUCAAAUAUAUCAAAUACAGAGAUGUCUGGAACGAUUAUAUAAUCUCAUUUACUAAAGAUGAAGAUGCAGAUGCCUUGGUUAGGGCAGGUCCACACAAGCUCAAUGAAGCCGAACUUGAAGUGUCCCUUUAUUAUCCGUUUCUUGCUGGCGACGAAGAAUACUUCUUGAACACACCAGCACCUUUUAAGAUAGAUGAUCUUAAUAUCUACAUUUGCCGUUUUCUUCAAGAGUCUCAACAGCCCAAAAAAGAUGUUGAAGAAAUUGUAGAAAGUCAUCAUGGGAAGAUCAUAUGGCCUGAUACUGGAAUGGAAAGGAAAUUAUAUAUACAGUGCAAUAUUGAUGAAAAUGAUAAAACGGCCAUUGCAAAGGUCAAAGAUUGGAAGGAAAAUAUAACAGGAGUGGUGGCUCAGAUAUGCAAAAUGUUCUCUGUAAAAAUACAAUACUUUGCCUUAGAGAUAAAAUCACAGCUUCGAUCAAGAAUAGAAAGUGUUGGGUCAACUAAUCCAGACUCAUUUUUCAUAAAAAUUGAAGAGAAUAGAGUGGUUAUUGCUGGUUAUCAGAAUGACGCUGAAAAAUGGGCCAGUCGGGUUGAAAACAUGAUAACGUCGAUUGAACAGGAACAUGACAGUCAGGGAAAAUAUCUUACAAAAACCAUGAAGCUGAAACCGUUCGAAUUUGAACUUUUGGACGCUAGUAACAGCUUUGAGAAGCUUAAAAAUGUGGAAAGGACACUUAAAAACAAAACAUUAGUUUUAAAGGGAAGGAAACAGAUGGUAGAUUCUGCUGUGAACAAAGUAGUUCAAAUGAUACGGGAUUUUCCGAAAAAAGACAUAAAAGGUUUGAGUCCAAUGGUACUAGCCUUACUACAUACAAGUAAAACCAACCAUUAUGUCAAGCAAAUAUUGAUGAAAUCGGAGGUUACCGGAUGUUGGCACUUUGUAGGACAGGGUACUCUAGAACUGUACAGUUUAACUUGUAACGGGUUAAUAACAGUAGAGAGGUGCAUACGUUCAUGUUUUAGAAGUACAAGCUUAGAGAUUGAAAGGGAGCUAAGGGACCAUCUGCAACAAGAAAAGUUCCUUGCAAAGCUAGAAACGGAAUAUAAAGAAAAAGUCCAAUUCGACUGUUCUACAAAUAGGCUUCUUAUUUUGUCAUGGGAUAGUUUGCAUGAUGAAAUAGUCGAAAAAGUAAAGAAAUUUCUUGAUUUACAUACAAACGUUUCGGAGGAUUUUCAUCUUGAUCCUGGUGAAUUUCGGUAUCUAUUUAGUUAUAAGAAGACAUCAAUCAGGAAGAUUUUACAACAUUACGAGGACAUGAAUGUUGAAAUAGAUGUGCUUGAUAAGCUUACUAGAAAAGGAUUUGCUGUAAAGGGGGAGAGAAAAAGCUGUAAAACUGCAAUAGCUCAUUUGCGUGACUUUGUUGCAGAAACAAUAACUCGAGAUGAACACACAGUGAAUAGUCAUGAAUUGAGCAAAUAUUUUGGAACAUCUGAAGGUAUAGACAAAUUGAAAACAUUUGAGUUAUCUGAGAAGUGCGUAAUUCGAAUUUCCACACCAGAAUCACAAGUUGUUCCUACAAACGUGUGCCUCUCUGAAUGUAGGAUAGGGGGUUGCGAAAUUCAAAUUCUAAAGGGCGACAUUACCGAGGCUGAAGUUGAUUUCAUAGUCAUUCCAAAUGAGUCUACAUUUGAUCACAAAUAUGGUUUAGCCCGCACAAUAAUUGAUAAAGGUGGUUUCAGUAUCCAAAGAGAAUGUCAACAGUACAUUUCAGAAGCAAAAUGCGUAAACGAUGGAGACACGUUCAUAACUUCAUCCGGGCAUCUCCCAUGUCGAGAAAUUAUUCACGUCGUAUUACCCGUCUGGACGAAGGAAAAUAGUGAAAAGGAAUCAAUAAUAAGCAACGCCGUAACUAAAUGCCUUUUGGAAGGGGAGAAUAGGAAGGCUACAAGCAUUGCCUUCCCCCCUUUAGGUGCAGGAAGAUUUCGUUAUCCGAGUGAUGUCAUUGUGGAACAGAUGAUUAAAUCAAUAAAAGAAUACCUCAUGGAAAACGGGGCUGAUACUUGUUUGAGACAUAUUUACAUGCAUGACGUUGAAAAGGAAUCUUCUUUGCUUUUUGUCAAAGCGAUGAAGAACGAAAUACCUCAGUCAACUAUUUUGAUUCCAGAGAUGUUAACAGAAAGCCGAGCUGAGGCCAAUGAAUUGUACGGAUAUAAUAUAUAUCCAGAAAUUGUGACAGGCUCAUUGGUAUCACAAGAUGCAAGUAUUUUUCUUUUUUUAAGACCUGAACAUAUGAUUAAUUAUGGUAAAUCUUUAUUUUCAAACUAAAGUAAAUAAUUUCAA